AUGAGCUUUCAAGAUCUUGAAGCGGGAAGGGGAGGUGGGACCCGGAGGGGGGGAUUUGUAAAUGGGAAGCAGGACCCGACCCAGGCGGUGGCCUCCGGUAUAUUUCAGAUCAACACGGCGGUUUCCACCUUCCAGCGCCUAGUUAACGCCAUCGGUACUCCCAAGGACACGCCUGAGCUCCGGGAAAAGCUGCAUAAAACUCGGUUGCAUAUUGGACAGUUGGUGAAGGAUACCUCAGCUAAACUUAAGCAAGCUAGUGAAACGGACCAUCGUGCUGAUGUCAGUACAAACAAGAAAAUAACAGAUGCUAAACUCGCAAAAGAUUUCCAAGCUGUUCUAAAGGAGUUACAAAAGGUGCAGCGGCUUGCAGCUGAGAAGGAGACAUCAUAUACUACUUUUAUCCCUCAAGCAGUACUUCCCUCUAGCUACACGGCUACUGAAAUUGAUGUAAAUUCAGAUAAGACUCCAGAACAGCGAGCUCUUCUUUUUGAAUCUAGAAGACAGGAGGUUUUGCUGUUGGACAAUGAGAUUGCCUUCAAUGAGGCCAUUAUAGAUGAAAGGGAGCAGGGUAUACAAGAGAUACAACAACAAAUUGGUGAAGUGAAUGAAAUUUUCAAAGAUCUUGCUGUACUAGUUCACGAGCAAGGAACAAUGAUAGAUGAUAUUGGGUCCAACAUUGAGGGUGCUCAUGCUGCAACUGCUCAGGGAAAGUCCCAAUUGGUCAAAGCAGCUAAAACCCAGCGGUCAAAUUCAUCUCUGGAUCUUGAAGCGGGUAGGGGAGCUGGAAUCCGAAGGGGGCUCGUAAAUGGGAAGCAGGACCCGACCCAGGCGGUGGCCUCCGGCAUAUUUCAGAUCACCACGGCGGUUUCCACCUUCCAGCGCCUCGUCAACGCCCUCGGUACACCCAAGGACACGCCUGAGCUCCGUGAAAAGCUGCAUAAAACUCGGCUGCAUAUCGGACAGUUGGUGAAGGAUACCUCAGCCAAACUUAAGCAAGCUAGUGAAACAGACCAUCAUGCUGAAGUUAGUACAAAUAAGAAAAUAACGGAUGCUAAACUAGCAAAAGAUUUUCAAGCAGUUCUGAAGGAGUUCCAGAAGGCACAACGACUUGCAGCUGAGAGAGAGACAACGUAUACUACGUUUGCCCCUCAAGCAAUACUUCCCUCUAGCUACACAGCUGGUGAAGUUGAUGCAAGUUUAGAUAAGACUCCAGAACAGCGUGCACUUCUUGUUGAAUCUAGAAGACAAGAGGUUUUGCUAUUGGACAAUGAAAUUGCAUUCAACGAGGCCAUUAUAGAGGAAAGAGAGCAGGGAAUACAAGAGAUACAACAACAAAUUGGUGAAGUGAAUGAGAUUUUCAAGGAUCUUGCUGUAUUAGUUCACGACCAAGGAACUAUGAUAGAUGAUAUUGGCUCCAACAUUGAGGGUGCUCAUGCUGCAACUGCUCAGGGAAAAUCCCAGUUGGUCAAAGCAGCUAAAACCCAGCGUUCAAAUUCAUCUCUGACUUGCUUAUUACUUGUGAUAUUCGGCAUUGUUCUUCUGAUAGUGGUUAUAGUAUUGGCUGCCUGA